AGCUUUUCUGGUGCAUGCGCCCGCCGGCCGCUCGUUGGCCGCCCCGCGCGGGGUCGGGUGGCCAUGGCGCCCGCAGACGCCGUGGAGGAGCGAGGCGAGGACUCCCCAGGCGCCGCGGAGGAGCGGCGGAGGGAGCCCCGGCCUCCGGACCGCCAGGACGGCGGCGGCGAGGCGGAGGAUGCACGGCCCGAGCACCCGCAGGCGCCAGAGCCCGCCGGAUCCGAGGAGCAGCAGCCCUCCCGGCGAGGCGGCAGCGCACCGGGCGCACCGCGCAAGCGCUCUCGUUCUCGCUCGCGCUCGAGGAGCAGGUCGAAGAGGCGGCGCAGCCCUAGCAGCAGCUACAGCUACAGCGGCAGCGAGUCGAGCCGGGCUAGAGCAAAGAGAAGACACCAGCGGAGACGCGAAAGAGAACGACAAAGGGAGAGAGAGAGGCAGAAGGCGCUGGAGGAGUACAUUAAAUGGGAGAGGGAGUUCGAGGACUGGAGGGUCAAGGACCUGCACGCCAGGAACCAGCGCGAAGGCGAGUGGCAGAACAUUCGACAGCAGGAAAGGGACGAAGCUGCCAGAAGAGCAGCAGAGAGGCGAAGAGAGAAGGACUUGGCCUGCUCCAACAUGGGCUGCGUGGGAAUAUGUUGAUCCACUUGCACACACCGACCCUGGCAAAGGUCAAUCUUGGGUCCACGAUCGGUACGUCACUCUGGCGAGGCCAAGAGCGCGUAUCUACCGAAGCCGGGCCGAAUUUUAAACUGGCCAAGGCCGGUGUAGGUGGACGUCUGGUGUCAUCCUAGGACUGCUUCUUUGGGACGCCCUUUUCUCGGCCCUUCCGUCUCGUGCUCCCUUCUCUCCAUACAUUCCAUUGUUCAUUCCUGUUGCUCAUCCUGCCUUCUUUCGCCUCG